AUGCUAUGUGCCAGGGAAAGAGCAGCCCUCAGCUCACUUCGCCAGCUUCUCAACAUCUCCAUCGUGUCCUUCAGUGCUGACCAGAUUGCUGACUUCAAGGAGGACUUCCUCCUUUUUGACAGGACUGGCCAGAGCAAGAUCACAUUAAGCCAGGUUGGUGAUGUCCUGUGUGCUCUGGGUACCAACCCAACCAAUCCAGAGGUCAAGAAGGUUCUGGGAAACCCCAGCAAUGAAGAGUUGAAUGCUAAGAAAAUUGAGUUUGAGCAGUUCCUGCCCAUGAUGCAGGCUAUUUCUAACAACAAGGACCAGGGAAGUUAUGAAGACUUUGUUGAGGGGCUGCGUGUGUUUGACAAGGAGGGCAAUGGCACAGUCAUGGGCGCUGAACUUCGCCACGUGCUAGCUACCCUGGGUGAAAAGAUGAAGGAAGAGGAGGUGGAAGCUCUGAUGGCAGGUCAAGAAGACUCCAAUGGCUGCAUCAAUUAUGAAGCCUUUGUCAAACACAUCAUGUUCAUAUAAAUGGAACUCUCAAGAACAAGUGAUCUCUGUGAAGACUGACUGGAAACUAAGCCAUGAACUUUAGGAACAUUCAUAUUCAACUCUCCAGAUCAGUUGACCAACAAGGCAGGAAAAACCAAAGGAAUUUGGACUAUACUAUACUGAAGGCCUCCCCAAUUUUUUAUGUACCUUUUUAGUUUUCCUUCUGAAUCCUCAAGUUAUGUUUCUACUACACAAGUCAAAUGUUUGCAGAAGCAAACAUCCUGGACAAAGUUUCUACAGGUCUCCAGUCGAAGUUCUCUCUCUUUCGGUGUUAUC